AUGGCGAUACGGCCGGCUCCGGCUUCCGCAGCGGAGAAGCGCACAUUGGCUGCCCGGUGGCAAGGCUGUUACAAGAAGCAGCGACAUGUACGUUGGCAUGUCUGUUGCUGGCGCCGGGCUGUCGAAGACGGCAGCUGCGGCCCGAAAUCUCCAUAUAUCUUGGCUCAUACAAGUCACCAUCCACUGAGUCUGGACCUGGCCAAGAGCCACGCGGCCGAGGCGAUGAGCGGGAUCGCCGAUGACCCAUCGAGCGAAAUUGGCAUCAAGCGCCCGAGAGGCGCAGAGAACGAGGGAGCCACGAGAAAGGCGAACGACGCGACCACCGGCAGCGGCGGCGGCGGGGGCGGCAGCGGUAGCGGGGGCGGGGGCGGGGACGGGGACGGGGACGGGGGCGGGGGAAACACGGCAGCCGACAGGGUCGACGUCGAGGUGUCCCACAUCCUGCUUUCAAUGCGUCGCGGGAGUGCCCGUGAGGGAUGCGGGGCCAGCCCUCCCACCGAACAGGACGACCUGUUGUCCACCUGGUCGAUGUCAGCACCAGCGGUGUUUGCCUCGUUGGUGAGCGCCAAGCCAGAACGGGACACAACAGCGGAGCUCCUGGAGCUCAUCGGCCAGUCGGGAGACACGGACGACCUCCUGGACGCCGUCUGUUUCGGCAGCUCUCGCCCCCCCCAGAAUAUCAGCUUUGAGGACUGGAACCUCAUGGACGCACAGCGGGGAACGAUGUCGGCAUCUUCCGAUGUUGUGCAGGGGGCCACGGACCCUGACCCCAAAGGAGCCUUGGACGAGGGUGGGGGAAACCCCUACGGCAUCUCGGCGGAGAUGCUCGAACUAUGCUCGGGGAAGAUCCUCGAUUGUGGCGCAUCCGGUUCUUCGACUGCCUGCCCCGCCGCAGCCACCACCAUCACCAGCGGCAUCGUCAUCACUGUAGCUUUUCCCGACGGGGACAAGAUACUGCUCGACUGGAAAUCCUUUUUCUAG